ACCCGGGCCUGGGACGCGCGGCUGCUCGCACUACAGCUCCCACCGGCCGCCGCGAGGGGCGCUGGGCCAAGGCGCGGCAGGGGAGGCCGGGUGGACAGCUCCGCGGUGCUGAAUUGUCUGCUGGGCUGCGAGGCGAGCGUGUUGUUGUUGCUGCUGCUGACGCGCCGGGCGCGUGUGUCUCUCUGUGCUUGUGUGCGUGGCGUGUAGACGGGGUUGGCCACGACUGCUGCUGCUUCGUCUGCUGCUGCUGCUGCUUCUCCCGCUUGCCUGUGAGACCCCAGUGGCCGAGGGGAAAGGACAGGGCGCGCGGCUGAACCAUGAGGCACGAAGCUCCUGUGCAGAUGGCCUCUACGCAAGAUGCCAGGUUUGGCCAGAAGGACACAUCAGACCAGAACUUUGAUUACAUGUUCAAACUGCUCAUCAUUGGAAACAGCAGCGUUGGGAAAACCUCUUUUUUGUUCCGUUAUGCCGACGAUUCUUUUACCUCGGCUUUUGUCAGCACCGUUGGGAUCGAUUUCAAAGUCAAGACGGUUUUCAAAAACGAAAAAAGAAUUAAGCUGCAGAUUUGGGACACAGCCGGUCAAGAGAGAUAUAGGACAAUUACGACAGCCUACUAUCGGGGUGCAAUGGGCUUCAUUUUAAUGUAUGACAUCACCAAUGAGGAAUCCUUCAACGCUGUGCAAGACUGGUCAACCCAAAUAAAAACUUAUUCCUGGGAUAAUGCCCAGGUUAUUUUGGUCGGUAAUAAAUGCGACAUGGAAGAAGAACGGGUAAUCUCCACCGACAGAGGGAAACAUUUAGCAGAACAACUUGGUUUUGAAUUCUUUGAAACAAGUGCCAAGGACAACGUCAACGUCAAGCAGACCUUUGAACGGCUUGUGGAUAUCAUCUGCGACAAAAUGUCAGAAAGUCUGGAGGCAGAUCCUGCCAUUGCUGCCGGUAAACAGAACACAAGACUAAAGGACAGCCCUCCUCCACAGCAACCCAACUGUGGCUGUUAAUAGAGUCAUUGUCGACA